UGUGACUUACCCAAUAGAAACCAUUUGAUACAUAAUAAGGAUUGAAGAAGGUUUCUUACAUAGUACCAGACAAAAAAGAAGCAGGAUAUGAAGGGAGUAUAAUUUACCAUUUCACACAUGUUUUGCAGCUACAACAGAGUCUCUAGUUAUAUACAGCAACAGUUAGGUAACAUGGAAGCAAGCACCUCACAGUUUUGCCCAGUAGUUCCUCUGACUCAAAAUAAAUAGAUCAACUUAGCUCAUCAUGCAGUAUUAGAAAAGAGUUGCGAAAGACAAAUUCUAAAAAUCCUUGAACAAUUGUCUGAAGCAGGGGGGCAAUGCUUCUCUGUUUUAAAGAAAAAAAGAUAUACAAGAUGCCUUAACAACAUUGCAUAAUGGAUUGGAAGCAGUCAAAAUGUCUGAUGAAGAAAGGGAGUCAACACCAAAUGCCAUCUGGAAUUGACAUAAAGGAUGUUAGAUAAUAUAAGUAGCAACCUUAAAGUAUCAAAGGGUCCUACAUUUUUGCAGUAGCUAACCUUCAUAAAGAGUUCCUCUUCCAAAUUAAUCAACAAGAAGGAUAUGGUCAUUUAGAAUUUUUAAAUACAUCAAGUACUUCAUGGAAUAAUCGUCAAAGGAAAAGAAGGGUGAUGUUUAAGAUCUCAAUGGAUGUAAUUUUAUUAAUCUAAACUUAGCAUACCUCAACAUCAUGCCUAUCUGUUGGAGAUUAAUCAUAUAUGUAGAUUGUUCAGCAGUCGUAUACUUGCUUCCCAUCGCACAGAAUAUCCAGUUUUAAGAAAAAUAAACAAGCUUCAAAUCAACAAGAAUGGAAAACUAUCAGUCACACCCACUGUUGCUGCAUCUGCUGCUACAAAACUUCCAAAUAUGGCAAAGGAAACGAAAACAAUCAAGGCAACCUGAUCAGAUGUAGGAAUAAAACUUAAAAGUGAUCAAUAAUUUCCCAAUCUUUUGACAAUGCCCAAUAAGAAUUUUGCUGUAAAUAGAAAAAUACAUAUUCCAGAAUUAAUAUGGAGUUAAACAAAAAACAAUAUAGCAAUCUUGAUCAACGCUACACUUAAAAAUACACAUUCCUGACAUAAGAUGAGUUCGUUUAUGACUCAAGAGUUUGUUGUAUCUAUCCCAGAUUAAAUUUGAAUAUGGAUUCAUGUCACUGCCCUCACAGAAAAAACAGAAACUAACAUACUGAGGAUCUUAAAAGAUGUCAUCUACCAUUGUGUCAGUAAGUGUUGUAAUAUGUUGGUGAUUAUUUGCAGCCUUACUGGGCGAAAUAUCCUAGUCAAAUGUAAGGGAAAACUUGAGGACUUUUUAAUAACCUGCUUUAUGUAGACACUUUUUCCAGAAUAAUUUGGCCCAGUGAUGAUACUGAUUCUUCCUGAAUAUCCAUCAUCUCUCUUUAGACAUUAAUCACCAAUCAUUACUGAUGAAACCAAAAACUGAUCUCUUCAUCUGUAAUUAUUGUAUCAUUGGGAAUUCAAGAAUAUGCAUGAUGAGGUCUCUGGUAAUAGCUCUCUCCAUGUCUUGAGAAAUGAAACAAAGGCAUCAGAGAUGAGAAUGCAAGGUGAUUAAAACAAAUAUCCUGCUUGCAAAGGUGAAGUAAUUUCCAUAAAAAGUUGAAUAACUAAGCUGUUUUCACCAUUUGUCUUACACCUCAUUCUCAAAAUCAAUGCUAUGCCAAACUAUCUAACUUUCUUGCUAGGGAUAGGCAAUACCUACAAGAAACAUUCAUAUAGAGCUUCUGCCCAACUUACCCAAAAUUUUGUGAUAUAUAUCUCCAAGAAGGUUAUCCAAUUCCCAUGUCUUUGCAGAACUAUGAACCACCAGAAAUAUGCAUAUGCAGGUGAAACAAGAAUAGUUUUGAGUCGAAAUGAUAAACUAAAAUAUGUUACUAUGACUUACAGCAUGGAAAUAAAUAAGUAAACCAAGUAAGCAGAUAAAGCAAAAGAACCAUGGAAAAGUAGGAAAGGUUGGAAGUCGAGGAGGCAUCUCGACCCCAUCUCUUUUAAAGCGCCCACUGCACCUGCACGCCUUUAUAUGGAAAAUUGCAAACAUUAUAGUAGCUAUUAAAUCAAAUUAAUCAAUAUUAAAUUGCUACCCACUUCCUCACCUUUCCAAUUCAAUAUUUCUCAUAUUUCAAAUCAAAUAAUGCCUUUUUCUUAAUUUUUUGAAUUGAUUCACAUUACCCACCGCUCUUAUAUCAAGGCCAACAAAAGCUGUAAAAUAAAAGCUCACCAAUUCUAUCACUUUUUAGGCAUGGCCUUGGCCCUCCCAUUUCAAUACAAAUUUCCACAUAUCAAUACAUAUUACCUUAUUUUCUUUGUACAUUUUCUGUCAUGGGCUAUCUUUCUUGCAAUGAGAAGUCGGCCAUUGCCAUCUGCGAUUCAUAUAACUGGGAGCUACUGUCCAAGAAUCCCAGGAAAAUUCGUCGCCCAUUCAAAAUUGCCGAGUUCGAUCUAUCCGAUCUUCACUCCGCCACCGACGGUUUUUCCGCCGCCAAAUUGCUAGGCAAAGGCAGCCACGGCUGGGUGUACAAGGCUGAGCUCCAGCGGCUCAAGCUCGUCGCCGCCGUAAAAAAGACUAAGGCGCCCAGCAUCUACGGCGGCGCCGCCAACCCCGCCGACAAUGAGUUGGAGAUUCUAUCGAGGAUAUACCACCCCCGCCUCGUCAACUUGAUUGGCUUCGCCGUGGAUCCGAAUCAGCACAAGCUGAUCGUGGUCGAGUACAUGCCAAACGGUUCCUUAUACGACUUGCUGCACGGCUCGCGCAGACCGCCCGGCUGGGUCAAGCGAACCCGGUUCGCGCUGCAGGUGGCGUGGGCGGUUCAGUUCCUGCACUCGUCGCAGCCGCCGAUCAUCCACCGCGACAUAAAAUCAUCCAACGUUCUGAUCGACGCGGAUUUCAAUUCGCGGAUCAGCGACUUCGGGCUGGCGCUGAGGGGACACGUGGAGGAUGUGAGGGUCCGGUCCACGCCGCCGGCCGGGACGCUCGGGUACCUCGACCCGGGCUAUCUUGCGCCGGGGGAUCUCAGCACCAAAUCCGACGUGUUCAGCUUCGGGAUCCUGCUGCUGGAGAUCAUCAGCGGCCGCAACGCCAUCGACGUCAACUACAGCCCGCCGUCGGUGGUGGAGUGGGCGCUGCCGGAGAUCGAAUCAGGCAACUUCGAGGGGAUCUGCGACCCGAGGAUCGGGCCGCCGGACGAUGCGGGGGCGCUGCGGCGGAUGGCGGUGCUGGCGGCGCGGUGCGUGAGGUGCGCGGCGGAGAGGCGGCCGGGGAUGGAGGAAGUGGUGGAGUGUCUUAAGGGCGUGUACAAGAGGAUGAAGAUGCAAUCGCAGAUUUGCGUCAACGUGGGGCGGCGGGUGGCGAAGUAUGAGGCGUUGGACGACGGCGCGGAGGUGGUGCGGAAUGCGAGGACGGGGAGCAGGAGGAACGGGAAAGUAUCGAGUGUGGCGAGUGUACAAGUGAGGAGUGACGUGGAACGUGUCGGUAGGUCAAAGUCGAUGGGUUCGGGUAGUGAGAUUAAAUAUCAGUCGUUGGAUGGUGGUUGGAGAAGAGUGAAGAUGAGUAAAUCAAAGUCAAUGGGGAUCAAUGCACUUUCAAUUGGGACCACUAAAUGGGAGGAGUCCAAAUUACUAGUGGAUUUGGGAGAAAAUGUCGGAGGGGAAGAAAAAUAAUGUUGAGCAUGUUUCAAACUCCCACAUUUAUUCUCUCAAAAAAAAAAACUCCCACAUUUAAAUUAAUUCUUUAUUUAGUUUUGUAAAAGAAAGCUUACAUCUUUAAACCACGAAAACAGACAAAGAAAUUGAGGAAUUCAAAACCUUCGAUUUCAAAUUAGUACAAAUAAGAAUGUCAAUUCAGGCUGAAA